GCCGUCCAGCUCCGACAUGGCCCAGCCGGCCCACUGCAUCCGUUCCAUCUUCAGCCUGCAGUGCUGCUUCCUCUUUCUUCUAGCUUCUUGGGAGGCAGGUGCUAUCCCACUUCAAGAAUUUCAGAAAACUGAUGACUCUCCAGCAUCUGAUCAUUUGUUCCCUCUGACUCCAGGCCCUGUUCCUAUUACUCCCUCUGACCACAUUGCUCUUCAUCCAGAACACAGUUCUCCAGACCUUCCUAAACCUACAGAAAUCUAUAAGCCAAAACACCAAUAUAAUACUACACACCAUUCUAAGCUGAAUCACCAGGCUGUAGGUAACUCCAAAAGCUCUACAAUACAUCAAACAGCUCCUCUCAUUUCUGAACAAAACCCCAGCCAUCAAGAAAAGACCUGAUUAUUCGGAAUGAACGCAGUGUCAAAAAUAAUGACACCAAUAAAAAAGAUGAGGACUUAGUACCCAAGCUUUCAACCUCAGCACCCAAGAGACAGACGACUUGUCCCAAGAGCAAAGCAACCAGGUCAUCAGUAAAAAGUAACCCAACUAAAACUACAACACCAAGCACCACCCCACAAGGAACCCCAGAAAAGAUCACACAGAAGCCAGAAAAAACUACUGAACAAAAAACAAGGACGACAUCGGAUCAAGAGAGGACCAUAGGAGCCUCUGCAAAGUCCACAGGUCAUGGAGAAAAGGCCACACCAGGCCAGGAGAGGACACCUGGAGCCCCAGAUAAGCCCACAGGUCCUGAAGGAAAGACCACAUCAGUCCACAAGAAGACAACUGAAACCCCAGAAAUGCCCACGGGACAUGGAGGAAAGACCACAUCAUGCUCCAAGAAGACAACUGGAGCUCCAGAAAAGCCCACGGGACAUGGAGAAAAGACCACGCCGGGCCACGAGAAGGAAACUGGAGCCCCAGAAAAGCCCAUGGGUCCUGGAGAAAAGACCACAUCUGGCCAGGAGAAGACAACUGGAGCCCCAGAAAAACCCACAGGACAUGGAGGAAAGACUACAUCUGGCCAGGAGAAGACAACUGGAGCCCCAGAAAAACCCACAGGACAUGGAGGAAAGACUACAUCUGGCCAGGAGAAGACAACUGGAGCCCCAGAAAAGCCCGGGGGUCCUGAAGAAAAGACCACAUCUGGCCAGGAAAAGACAACUGGAGCCCCAGAAAAGCCCACGGGACAUGGAGGAAAGACCACAUCUGGCCAGGAGAAGACAACUGGAGCCCCAGAUAAGCCCACAGGUCCUGAAGGAAAGACCACAUCUGGCCAGGAAAAGACAACUGGAGCCCCAGAAAUGCCCACGGGACAUGGAGGAAAGACUACAUCUGGCCAGGAGAAGACAACUGGAGCCCCAGAAAAACCCACGGGACAUGGAGGAAAGACUACAUCUGGCCAGGAGAAGACAACUGGAGCCCCAGAAAAGCCCACGGGACAUGGAGGAAAGACCACAUCAUGCUCCAAGAAGACAACUGGAGCCCCAGAAAAGCCCACGGGACAUGGAGGAAAGACCACAUCUGGCCAGGAGAAGACAACUGGAGCCCCAGAAAAGCCCUCAGGACAUGGAGGAAAGACUACAUCUGGCCAGGAGAAGACAACUGGAACCCCAGAAAUGCCCGUGGGUCCUGAAGGAAAGACCACAUCUGGCCAGGAGAAGACAACUGGAGCCCCAGAAAUGCCCACGGGACAUGGAGGAAAGACCACACUGGGCCAGGAGAAGACAACUGGAGCCCCAGAAAAGCCCGUGGGUCCUGAAGGAAAGACCACAUCUGGCCAGGAGAAGACAACUGGAGCCCCAGAAACGCCCACAGGACAUGGAGGAAAGACCACACUGGGCCAGGAGAAGACAACUGGAGCCCCAGAAACGCCCACAGGACAUGGAGGAAAGACCACAUCAUGCUCCAAGAAGACAACUGGAGCCCCAGAAAAGCCCACAGGACAUGGAGGAAAGACCACACUGGGCCAGGAGAAGACAACUGGAGCCCCAGAAAAGCCCAUAGGACAGGAAGGGAAAACCACAUCUGGCCAGGAGAAGGCAACUGGAGCCCCAGAAAAGCCCACAGGACAUGAAGGAAAGACCACGUCAACCUACAAGAAGACAAGUGACUCACAAGGAGGUCUCUAUUCAGGAGAGACGGGAGAAAAUGAUUCCUUCCCUGCAUGGGCCAUAGUUGUCGUGGUCCUGAUGAUUGUGAUUCUCCUCCUGGUGUUUCUUGGCCUGAUUGUCUUGGUCUCCUACUUGGUUCGAACACGGCGUACACUGGUCCGGAGAACUGAGGACCAUGACCCAGAGGAUGAUGGGGGCCCCAAUUCCUACCCAGUCUACUUGAUGGAGCAGCAGAAUCUUGGCAUGGGCCAGAUCCCUUCUCAAAGAUGAUCUUUCAGAAAUUGCCUAGCCCCAGUUCUUCCAUGCCCUACCCCUUUCCUGGAUGGAAAAUUAGACCCACAAUUCCUAUUUUCUGGACUCCAGGAAGGGCAAAGCACUGAUGGCUAACACAUUAACCCUUCAACUGCUGUAUUCUUACUGAAACAGGUCAAUGGAUGAAGUGAUAAGCAAAAAGAUAUGCACUGGCGUAUAGAAAAGAAAAUGAAUAAUACAAGGAAGUAUUCUCUGUAGAAGAUGAUGCUCUGAAAAUGAAACCAUGUUUGAUGGAUGUACGGGGUAGGGAUCAAUACAGGACUCUGAGCUGUGGGAGGGGAAGCACAGUGAAGGGAAGUUUGGGAGACAACACCUCCAUAACCUCCCUGUGAGUCAGGGUCAUGGGCAGGAGAGAUGGGAGAUGCAAGACAGAGACUCUGGGUUUCAAGACCAGCCUAUAUUAUUUCCAUCUACCAUUACUUAGAGUUUGUGUGUAAAAAGGCUUAUCUCUGAGUUCCCAGGGCCCUUGACCUUUUUUUAAAUGAAAAAAUAGGAUCUGAGAAGAAAAAAGAAUUUAUUACUUCUCCAACCUCUCCAUUCCCUGGGUAAUUCCAGAAAAGAUCAUAACUAUCUCUUACCCAGAUGGGCUCUUCCCUCUUCCUCUCGAAUCCCUUAGUUUUUCUAAAUGUCUUCAGUGUUCCGUCUUUUGGUUUGGCUUGCUGGGUUGUGGGUGGAUAUGCUGAGAGGGGUUUCUGUUUGGCCUGCAGUCUCAUCCACAGAUCUUCACCCCAGACCUUCCCAAUGGCAUUCCCCACUCGUUAUUUAUUUUCCUAUCUCUUCUCCCAAAGCCCCCAAGUCUUGGCUUUUCCUAUAAGCAUCACCCAUCUUCUCUACUGCACCUAUCCUCUUUCCUCACACGUACACCCCAGAUUCUGGUUUUUCUCCUCAAAGACAUUUCACCUGUAUGUUUUCUGGAUUUUUCUCCAAUUAUUUAAAGCCCUUUCACCUAUUACUGAUUGGGCAGAGGGGGGAAGGGAGAAUUAGUUGAUGACAUAGCUUCUCUCUAUCUACUGAUCUUUUAAUAAUAAAGUGUAAAAUAUUUAUAAAGUAAGGCAUCAUAGGGAGUUCCCUCGUGGCUUAGUGGUUAAGGAUCUGGCAUUGUCACUGCUGCGGCUCAGGUUUGAUCCCUGGCCAGGG